GUGUAAAAUACUAGACAAUGAUAAUAUCUAUCAAUAUUUAAUAAUAUGCGAAUUUGCGAUCGUAAUUUGUAUAGUUUAACUCAGCUACUGCUGUGGUCUAUAGUUCCGUGUUUAUUGUGUAAAAGUGGUAAAACUUUGUCAUAACCAUUAUAAAAUGGUUCUUAAUACCGUGUCCGGAAUUUAAAAAUACGAAAUGUCCAAUAUUCUUUAAUUGCUUUUCAAAAAAUUAAAAUAUACAUUAUCAUGUGAGGAAAUGAACACCGUACAUAAUUUUCCUUUACUUUUCUAGAAUAAUUUUCCGAGAUCUAAUAGCUAACUUAAACGCAUAUAAUAAUUCAUAAGUACAUACAUUCUUGAAUUCAGUCUUUAAAUAACUAAAAUGGAAAUUAUUGGUGAUUAUGAAUACAAUAGUGCCAAUCGCUUGGGACUUGGAGCUUUUGCUAUUGUCUUCAAGGGACGCUCUAGAAAAAAGCCAGAUAUGGAUGUAGCUGUUAAAACAAUAAUGAAGAAGAAUAUACCAAAAACUCAAAGUCUAUUGAAAAAAGAAAUAGAUAUUCUGAGGAAACUAACAGUUCUUCAACACGAUAAUGUUGUACAUCUUUUAGAAUGUCUGGAUACUGAUGAUGCAUUUCAUUUGGUUAUGGAGUAUUGCAAUGGUGGUGAUUUACAAGAUUAUUUAAAUGUUAAAGGAUGUUUAAGUGAAGACACAAUACAAAUAUUUCUAAGACAACUUGCUGGAGCAAUGUAUGAAUUUAAUAAACAGGGAAUACUUCAUAGAGACCUAAAACCUCAAAACAUCCUACUGAAGUUUUCAGGAGAAACUCGUUAUCCAGAACCUAACCAAAUUACUUUAAAAAUUGCUGAUUUUGGGUUUGCUCGAUGCUUGGAUGAAGGAGUAAUGGCAGCUACUAUGUGUGGUUCUCCAAUGUACAUGGCACCUGAAGUAAUUAUGUCAUUACAAUAUGAUGCUAAGGCAGAUUUGUGGAGUUUAGGUACAAUUAUAUUUCAAUGUUUGGCUGGUAAAGCUCCAUUCUUUGCCAAUUCGCCCGCAGGACUAAAACAAAUUUAUGAAAAAACUAGCAAUUUAAUGCCAAAAAUCCCCCCAGGCACAUCAUCAGAUUUAUCAAACUUAUUAUUUGGUCUUCUAAAAAGAAAUCCAAAAGAUAGAAUAUCAUUUGAGACCUUUUUUGACCAUGCCUUUUUAAAAAUGAAACCUCCUCCAGUUACAAUGCCAUCUCCACUUGCUAAUAGCCCAAAAACACCAUCAGUUUUUGAUCAAGGUUAUCAAUAUUCUGUAAGUCCUGAUCUCUCUGAUGAAUAUGUAAUAGUACCUUCAAACAUACCUGCAUAUCACGAGAAAGAAAUUAGUGCUAGCCCUCCAAGACCAAGUACACUUUCUAUACAAACUCAACAGGAUUAUAAUAAUCCACGAUCUCCAUUGAAAUCUGUACCUAGGUCUCAGCCGAUUACAAUGAAUCCAAGGACUUCAAAAAAUAUAAGUGGACCUGAUUUCUGUUCUAUAUCUCCACCAUCAGUUCAGUUUAUGCUCGGAACACCUCCAUCAGGAAGAAGAAUUUCAGAAACGCCACCAUAUAAUACAUGGAACUUUACACCAACAAGUUCUCCAUUAAAGAAAUCAGUUCUAAGUUCGCCACUUUUAAACACACAACAGUUCACAUUUAACACAAAUCAAAAAAUAGGAACAGUUGGCCUGCCUUUCAGUAAUAAUAACCGUGCAAUGACUUUGCCAGAACUCGGAAACAUAACUUUCCCAGAACUUCCGCAAGAAACAAUAUUAGAAAAAGAACACAUAGAAACAUUAGCCAAACUUAAUUUUGUAUUAGCAUUGGUUGAAUGUAUUGUUGAAUGUGCUUCUCCUAAAAGACCACGUUAUGAACGAUUGGUGCUUUUAAUUAGAGCAUUACAAUUACUUAGCUCUAGUUUAAGUAUUGCUACGUCUGAACUUAAAGCUGGUCGUUUGCAACCUUCAACAAAUGUUAAAAAUGUGGUACAACAGCUUAAUGAGACUUUUCAUAAAGUUUUGGAUGACUGUAAACAAAUUAAUGUACCAAAUAUGUUACACAAUACAUCAUCAUCCACUACUACAGCUGAAAAGUUAUUAUAUGAUUAUGCCGUAGAAAUCUGUGCUAAAGCAGCAUUAAAAGAACUGGGCAAUACACCAUAUGAUUAUUUUAAAUCUUAUCAAACUGCCCAGAUCCUCUUACAUAGUUUGUCUCAACAAGUAAACUCUCCGAGCGACAAAGAAAUAUUAAUAAGAUAUCGAGAUGCAGUAGAAAAAAGAUUGUCUAUAUUACAAGACCAAGGUUAUGUUUACUCAAACACAGUUAAUGGCAACAAUUCAACUUAAUACUGUUAUAUGAUAAUAAUGUGCUUACUAAUUCUUUACAAUAUUCUAGUCUCUAUCUUUUCUUUUGUAUUUAUAUGUAAAAAUGUGUUAUUUUACUUGGUCCUUAUUAAUUUAUCUACUAAACUAAAUCAUUGAAACAUAAUAAUAUUUACACUAAUAACCCUAUCCCUGUGUAAUAAUUAUUA